CCCUAACAAAGAGAAAGUGAACAUGGAUUUGAGAUUACUCUUGAUUUUUAUUGUUUCACAUUCAUUUGUGAGUUCAAAGAAAUGUUUUACUAACGGAAUAGGAAAGAGUAUCAGCAAUAGCAUAAACCAGAGCUACAGACAUGUCAUACUUAUGCACGGGAUACUGGCUGGACCAACUGAGAUGGAUUGUAUGCAGAAGUUUAUUGCCAAGGCCCAUCCUGGUACCAAUGUGACAGUUAUCAAAAUGUAUGACCGAUUAAGCAGUCUGGAUUCAAUGUGGACCCAAGUAGGGAACAUUACAGCAAAGAUCAAGCCAAUCAUGAAAGAAAACCCUGAGGGGGUGCAUAUGAUAUGCUUUUCUCAAGGGGGACUUAUAUGUCGAGCUAUAAUCCAGUCAGUUCCUGAUCACAAUGUUGUCAACUUUAUUGGCUUGAGUUCGCCUUUAGCAGGACAGUAUGGUGAUACAAAUUAUUUGAAAUAUUUGUUUCCAAGAGCACUGAAGGAGACACUGUAUGAAAUCUUAUAUAGCAAUUUUGGUCAAAGAUUUUCCAUUGGAAAUUAUUGGAAUGAUCCAUACCACCAACCCCUGUUUAAGAAGUUCUCAAACUUUCUUGCAAUCUUAAAUAAUGAUACCGCUCAUCCAAAAAGUCAAGAAUACAAAAAUAAUUUUUUGAUGAUUAAAAAUCUGGUGCUUAUUGGUGGUCCAGAUGAUGGGGUUAUUACACCCUGGCAAUCUAGUCAAUUUGGAUUUUUCCAAGACCACGAUGAACACACUGUUAUAAAUACAAAAUACACAAAGUGGUAUCAUACAGAUUCCUUUGGUCUCCAAACAUUAGACAAACGAGGCAGUCUCCACACAUACAGUAUACCAGGAGUGAAGCACAUCACUUGGCAUGACAAUAGCACUGUCUUUGAUUGUUGCAUAAAACAAUGGCUCACAUAAAACAUUCCUCAAAAGUGCAUUCAGAAUUGAUGGUUCACUGGAGGCAAUAGAUGGCUCUGUUAUGAAAUGCAACAGUGCUCAUAUGGGCAAAAUGGCAAUUAUACUGUGAUGAAUGAAACCAAAA